AAAGUAAAUUCUGCUUCCUGUUCAGUCUGUGGGGGUCUACGUGGUUCAGCAACAUGGCAGAGGCUAGUGUGUCAAUUUCUCAGGAUCAGUUUAGCUGUCCAAUCUGUCUUGAUCUACUGAAGGAUCCUGUUACUAUUAACUGUGGACACAGUUACUGUAUGGAUUGUAUCAAGGGCUGCUGGGAUCAGGAAGAUCUGAAGGGAGUCCACAGCUGUCCACAGUGCAGACAGACCUUCACACCAAGGCCAGUUCUGGGCAGAAACACCAUGCUGGCUGAAGUGGUGGAGAAGCUGAGGAUUAUGGGACUCCAGGCUGCUCCACCUGCUCACUGUUAUGCUGGACCCGGAGAUGUGGAGUGUGACGUCUGCAUUGGGAGAAAACGAAAGGCAGUCAAGUCCUGUCUGGUGUGUCUGGCCUCUUACUGUGAAACUCACUUCAGAGUUCAUAAUGAUCUCAACCCAGGGAAGAAACACAAAGUGAUUGAAGUUGCUGGUAAACUAGAGAAUCUGAUCUGCUCUCAUCAUGAUAAACUACUAGAGGUCUUCUGUCGCACUGAUCAGAGAUGCAUAUGUGUGCUGUGUGUCAAGAAUAAACAUAAUGGACAUAAAAUUGUUUCAGUCGCAGCAGAGAGAAAUAAGAAACAGAAACUGUUGGGUGAUACUCAGAGAAAAUCCCAACGUAUAAUCCAGGAAAAAGAGAAUGAACUGCAGGACCUGAGACAGGCUGUGAAAACUCUUCAGAGUUCUUCACAGGCAACAGUGGAGGACAGUGAGAGGAUCUUUACUGAAAUAAUCCACUCCAUUGAGAGAAGACGCUCCGAGGUGAGAGAACUGAUCAGAGAUCAGGAAAGGGCUGAAGUGAGUCGAGCAGAAGAACUCAUAAAGAAACUGGAGCAGGAGAUUGCUGAGCUGAAGAAGAGAGAAGCUGAGCUGGAGCAGCUUUCACACACUGACAACCACAUUUGUUUCCUUCAGAGUUUCCAGUCUCUCUGUUCCUCCUCUGCUCCUGACAACUCACCCAGACACACGAUCCACAUAGAUCUGCCUUUUGAUGAAGUAAAAGGAAGACUUCCUCAAUUCAAGGAGAAACUAGAGGAUGCACUCCAGCAGGGACUAAAGGACAUUUCUAAAACUGAGCUUGUUGGCUUUCUAUCCCUGCCUGAGCCCACGACCAGAGAGGAUUUCCUGGCAUAUGCCUGCCAGCUAACCCUGGAUCCCAACACUGCUAAUAAUUACCUCACACUGUCUGAGGGAAACAGAGUUGGAGAAUGUUUCUUUAAUUUGAUAGAUGUAUAUCCUGACAAUCCAGACAGAUUUGAUACACAUAAUCAGGUGCUGUGUAGAGAAGCUGUAUCUAAACACUGCUACUGGGAAGUUGAGUGGUCAGGACAUGUUUUCAUUGCUGUAUCAUACAAAGGGCUCAGAAGGAAAGGAGAGGCUAUUGAUUGUGCACUAGGAUUCAAUAACAAGUCUUGGAGUUUGGAAUGCUCUUCAUCUAGCUACACAUUCAUACAUGAUAAAAAUAAAAUAUCAAUCCCUCGUAAGCCCACCACCUCUAGAAUAGGAGUGUAUGUUGAUCACAAGACAGGAACUCUGUCUUUCUACAGUGUCUCUGAUACAAUGACUCUUCUGCACAAAAUACACACCACAUUCACUGAGCCACUGUUUCCUGGCUUUGCCCUCGACCUUGACAGCAAAAUCAGAUUGUGUCAGUGACAACAUACCAGCAGAAUCCAAACAUUCAUGUCUAAUUUUAAAGGAUAGAAGUCCCUGACACAGUUUUGUUCUUUAUUAAGCCCUUCUAGCCUAGCUGUUGGGUUUCAUUUGAGUUUCUAAAUUGUACAUUGAUUGUGCAACAGUGAUCACUUGCUUUAAUGUCGUGAAGACAGGACAAUUUGUGUCGUUAUCUACACAGAAUGUUUAUUACCACAGAAACUUACUUCAUGUGGUAACAUAAUGUGGUAGAUGCACAUGGUCACAUGAUGACACAAAAUAGAUAAAGCAGAAGCUUACUCUUCAUCUGCAUGACUAGUACUAAAACAUUAAUCUUACCUCAGAAGUGUUUGUGGGAGUGUUGUCGUUUAUAUUUGGCCAAGUUACCGUGAUAUUCAAAAAACAAUAUUUCAAUUAGGAAUAAAUAUAUGUUGAUGGCCAAAAUAUAUUUAAAAUAAAGUUAAUGAAUUAACUGUCAUACAAUCUAUUGUCAACAUACACCAUAUUAUCAUCUUUUUUCUCCCACAGACACUUUCUCUGUCUCCCUGUAGUGACGCUCUCAUCGCACACAUGCUCACACAUCCACUUCCCUCCCCUGAAUGUAGUUAUUCAUUACUGUUUGUAUUAUUUGCAAUAAACUAAAAUCUUUCAAAAAUA